AUUUUGAACUUGCUGCACUUGUUUUCGUGCCGUCACACACGAUGGGUUUGUUCAAUAAGAAGAAAAAAGAUGCUGAUCAAAACCAGUCAGUAACACUAAAAAAAGAAGUUUCUGUAUUACAAGGUGUCAGCAUUGUUGUUGGAGUGAUAAUUGGUUCUGGAAUUUUCGUAUCACCAGUUGGAGUUUUAACAUAUACUAAGUCUGUCGGAUUGUCUUUUAUUUUGUGGUCCGUGACAGGGCUAUUCAGCACUCUUGGCGCAAUUGUGUACGCCGAGUUAGGAGUCACGAUUCCUCGAUCUGGUGGAGAAUAUAUUUACAUCCUCCAGACAUUUGGACCCUUGCCCGCCUUUCUUGCUUUCUGGAUCACAUUCGUAGUGAUUGGAUCCGCCAGUUGUGCUGCAAAUGGACUUAUCUUUGCAGAGUAUAUUCUCCGGCCAGCAUUCCUUAGUUGCAAUACUCCCACUUAUGCUGUUCGACUUGUUGCAGUUUUGGGGAUUCUAACACUUUGUUUCAUACACUGCUUUAGUGUUAAGUGGGCAACGAAAAUUGCAGUCGUCUUCACUACUUGCAAAGUAGCAGCUCUAUUGCUUAUUAUUGGGUUUGGCGGCUACUACUUAGCUAUAGGUAACACGGAGAGUUUUAAGAAUUCGUUCGAAGAUAGUGAAACGUCACCAGGAGCGCUUGCACUGGCAUUUUAUCAAGGAUUUUGGGCUUUUUCUGGUUGGAAUUAUCUCAAUUUCCUAACUGGGGAAGUAAAAAAUCCUGCAAGGACUCUUCCAAUUGUGAUUGUCCUCUCGCUUACAACAGUUACACUCAUAUACAUUUUAACUAAUGUAGCCUACCUUGCAGUAUUAUCACCUACAGAAGUUCUCGCUUCAGGUGAUGGAUCUGCUGCUAUAGCUGUGAGUUUCGCAACAAGAUGUAUGGGUUCCUUUGGCUUGGUAAUGCCGGCUCUCGUGGGCGCCUCUGUGUUCGGAAGUAUAAACGGUGAAGUAUUUUCCAUUUCUCGAUUGGCAUUUACUGCUGGAGAGGAAGGACAUAUGCCUGCCCUACUUUCAAUGGUUAACAUUGAACGUCUAACUCCAAUUCCAUCAGUGUUAUCUGUGGUGAUUUUAGCUAUUACUUAUCAAAUGUUCGACGAUGUAUUCUAUUUAAUCGAGCUAACAGGAUUUGCUUUUGCUGUCAUUUCUGCAAUGGCUGUUGGUAGUUUACUACACAUUCGUCGAACACAGCCUGAAAUGAAUACAUCUGGAUUUCGGUUACCUAUAUGGGUCCCUGUGUUGUAUCUGGUUGUCGACAUUGCUAUUGGAAUACUAACAGUAUAUCAGUCUCCGAAAUCCUCUGCUGUUAGUUUGGGUGUGAUGGCGUUAGGCAUACCGGUGUAUCUUUUUGGAGUGUCGUGGAAGAACAAGCCAAAAUCCAUGGAAUUGCUAAUAUAUCGAGUCACAGUUACUCUGCAGAAAGUUUUAAAAGUUGUUGUACAAGAAACUGCUCCUGACACUGUGAAAGAAAAUGGCUUCAACAUGAAAUCUGCACCAUCAUCACCUGAACUUUCUUAGCGUGCUACAAAAUAAUAAUGAUG